AUUUUCUUCUGGGUCGCCGCUGUCACCAAAAAAUGGCUUCUCUUGACAGGGUAAAAGUGUUGGUUUUAGGAGAUUCUGGGGUAGGUAAGUCCUCCUUGGUCCAUCUGCUAUGUCAGAAUCAGGUGUUAGGAAAUCCAUCAUGGACUGUUGGUUGCUCUGUGGACGUCCGGGUCCAAGACUAUAAGGAGGGAACCCCGGAGGAGAAAACCUACUACAUUGAACUCUGGGAUGUCGGAGGAUCGAUUGGCAGUGCCAGCAGUGUUAAAAGCACCAGAGCCGUCUUCUACAAUUCAGUUAACGGAAUUAUGUUGGUUCACGAUUUAACAAAUAAGAAAUCCUCUCAGAAUCUCUACCGCUGGUCACUAGAAGCUUUAAACAAGGAUUCUUCUCCAACAGGAGUUAUAGUCUCAAAUGGGGACUACGAUAGAGAGCAGUUUGCUGAGAACCCGGUGCCUUUGCUGCUGAUUGGCACAAAGUUUGACCAGAUCCCAGAGAACAAACGCAGUGAGGUUCUCACUCGGACGGCCUUCCUGUCUGAAGACUUCAACGCAGAGGAGAUCAAUCUCGACUGCACCAACCCCAGAUACCUCGCUGCAGGCACCUCAAAUGCAGUGAAACUUAGCAGGUUCUUUGACAAGGUAAUAGAGAAAAGAUAUUUCACAAGAGAUCCAAGUCAGAUGACGGGCUUCACAGACAGAAAACGCUUCAACUUCAAAAGUCUACACUAUGACUGACAGCAGUGGUCUGUGGUUUGAGUGUAAUGCUUUUGGGGCUUGUACACCACGAGUCAAC